AUGCUUCCUCCUCCAGGACUCGCCAUAAUCCCUUCGUUCCUCUCUACGCAGCAGUAUGAUCAACUCGAAGAACAUGUCCGAAAGGCCUUCGAUCCUUCUCUCUUGCAGAGGGGCACGAAAGGUGGACGUACUCCCCUUGACUACGGCAUUCGAUUUGAUGUCAGAACGUGUGGGGUCGCUGAGAAUGAAGAGCCAAUACCCACCUGGAUGCAUGAUCUUCUACAGCAAAUCCAUACCUUGACAUCAGAUGAGAAGAUCUUAGUUGGGAAUCAGCCAGGAAUAUCAACCACCAAUGCCUACUGUGGUUCGUCAGUAAUGAAUACCGAGGAUUUGCCGCCUCUUACGGUCCUUCGUCACGCCACAGAUAGGAACCAAAAACUUCUACCUAGCAAUUUCAAGCCAAAUCAAGUCACGAUACAGCAUUAUCCUCCAGGUGUAGGAAUACCACCACAUAUUGAUACACACUCGUGUCUUGGAACGCACAUCCUUUCAUUUUCUCUCUCAUCAACCGUCAACAUGCAAUUCCAGCGAGCAAACGACGAUACAAAACGCAAAAUGUUCCAACCCAGACGGUGUCUAGCGGAUAAUCCACCAUCCACAAAUAAGAAAAAAUCGGAUGAGCAUCCACGGAAAGCCAAGCAGAUUCUGGAGAUACUUCUUGAGUCUAACAGCUUAUGUAUUAUGGCGGGGGAAGCCCGCUAUGCAUGGACGCAUGGAAUCAGACGAAGAAGCACAGAUAUUACACCAGAAGGAAAUGUAGUACCAAGGCAGGAUCGCUAUAGCGUCACGUUGAGGCAGGUAGAUUUUGGUGGUCAGUGUGAUUGUGAAUACCAUGACUGGUGUGACACAAGAAACCACGCCUACGAUUCUGUAAGAUUGGGUAACCUUACAUGA